CCCGAAGUGGCCUGGCCUUGACACUUCAGGCCUCUCCUGCUCGGGCCUAUAAGUGCCCUGACACCCAGGCAGUCCCGCCACCUGCACCAUGUUGGGCAUCGCCGUCCUCGCUGCAGUCCUGGCCUUUGCCUCCAGCUGCGGAGUCCCCAGCUUCCUGCCCAAUGUGUCGGCCAGGGUGGUUGGGGGAGAUGAUGCUGUAGCCCACAGCUGGCCCUGGCAGAUCUCCCUGCAGUACCUCAAGGACAGUGAGUGGAGGCACACGUGCGGCGGCUCCUUGAUCAGCAGCCAGCAUGUCCUCACCGCCGCCCACUGCAUCAACAAAUCCCUGACCUACCGUGUGGCCCUGGGCAAGAGCGACCUGACGGUGGCAGAUGAAGCAGGCUCGGUGAUUGCAGGCGUGGACUCCAUCCACGUCCAUGAGAAAUGGAACACCCUCCUGGUGCGCAACGACAUCGCCAUCAUCAAGCUGGAGGAGCCCGUGGAACUGAGCGACACCAUCCAGGUGGCCUGCCUGCCCAAGGAGGGUGCCCUGCUGCCCCAGGACUAUCCCUGCUACGUCACUGGCUGGGGCCGCCUGUGGACCAACGGCCCCAUUGCCGAGGUGCUGCAGCAGGGCCUGCAGCCCGUGGUGGACCAUGCCACAUGCUCCAAGUGGACUUGGUGGGGCUUCCGGGUGACAAACAAUAUGAUUUGCGCCGGCGGCGAUGGUGUCAUCUCUGCCUGCAAUGGCGACUCGGGUGGCCCGCUGAACUGCCAAGCAGAGAACGGGUCCUGGCAGGUGCAGGGUAUCGUCAGCUUUGGCUCCCCGCUGGGCUGCAACACCCGCCAGAAGCCGGUGGUCUUCACCCGUGUGUCAGCCUACAUCGACUGGAUCAACCAGAAACUGCAGCUGUGAUUCCCCCAGAAGCCUGGGCCACCAACCCUGCAACAAUAAACCGCUGUGCCUGGAC